AUGCCAAUUCAGUCAAGUGUAGACUCAGAUCAACGACGGAGUUUUUUAGAAAGCGUUGCUGUUCUGCUUGAUGACGCUGACAUUUCGUCCCCGCUGUUUCAUGCCAUUAUAGGCUUGUUCGCCAUAGAUGAGAAUACACCCGAUGAGGUGGGUGGAGAUUCUUCUUCUAAAGACGAUCACUUGGUUGAGGCGAUGAUGAGGAAAAGUUCUUUGGCGCCUGAACUUGCUAUGGAGGAGGAUCUAGACCUGUUUGUAAAGGGUGAUUUCAUGAGUGGAUUUUUAAAAAAGAACGUUGAGGUAGAAGGGUCGCACACUGAGGAUAGAGAAUGGGAUAAGAGACACCCUGGGUUCGUGCUGACUAACCUUUCGGUCCAUGAGGAGCAGUGCUAUCGUAGACAUGUCCGUGAAUUGAGUGUUUUGUUGGCGAUUCUUGAACGCCCGCCUGGAGCGUUUAUGUUGGGUGGACCUCCACCUCUCUAUCGCAAAAUCAUGCAGAGACUGAAGGGGGAUAACCUCAUUGACAUCCUCGUAGCGCGCAUCGAGACAGUUCAGAAAGGGCUGCAGAUUGUCUCGAGACUUGCUGUGGCAGAGCUGCUUCAACAGCUCUUGGCGCUGUACGUCGACAUCCUGUUUUACUUCUCAUUUCACCUAAAUGAGGCCGAAAGUGAAUCUCUGAUAACCGGUGAAUUGCUCGAUCGAAUGGUAAAGAUUGUAAUGCGGCUGAGUAGUACCGGCCGUUCAACGCCUCCACUUCAGCGUUCAUCACUCGUUUUGAUAUGCAUCAUUGUGAAGCAUAUAUCACGCAUCCGCUUAUCUAUGCUCCAGCACCUGCUCGAAGGUUCGCUUUCGGAGCCUGCGGGCCGGGCUAAUAUGAUGAAUUUUAUUCUCUUGGCUGCCUUGCCUUGCUACUCUCUGAGGAAUGCCGAGCCUGCCGUGGAGGAGUGGCUUCAGCAGGCACUGGAAGUACUCCGUCAGUGCACCAUGUACGACCUUGAUGUGGACGAUAUAUUUUUGAGGGAGGGUCCGUACGCGAGGCAACACACUUUUCUCAUCAAGUAUAUUCUCGGUGCCGCGCUUCACAAUUUUUUGACGCAUGUAUCCGCCUUUUGGUGGACUUGCUGCAGUACAUCAGCGCUGGUAAGCACUGCGAGGAGUUGUUUUAUCUACUCAUUCACGUGGUCAAAGAUACCGCAUGGAGUCUUUGCGUUUCUUGAGUUUGUCCGCUCUCAUUUGAGAUCCUGCGCGUGCCUACCUUCAGGUGGUCCUGAUGCAGUUGAACAAAAGGCAAAGGCGCUGUCCCUUCUGUGUGAAGAAGGCACAUGUGGAGAAAUAGAUCGAUCUAGGUCUCCCUACAUAUCACAGCUUUCCUCUUUUUCCCCCGCCAAAGAGGAGAUCGGGGUGAUGGGGCUGGAGUGUGGCGACCAGGCCGCUGCAGCGACGCAGUUGAACUUCGACAACGCGGAGGCUCGCUGCGUUUUCUUUCUCACACUUUAUUCCUACAUCUCAGCGACCUUUCUUUUUCACUGCGAUCGCCUCAGUGAUGCUGACGGGAUCUUUUUCCUAAAUAUAACGCCGCAUCCGCCUCAUGUUAGUGCAUCGAAUCAAGUGACUUUGAAGUUACCGUUCCCUGCCGUGCCUCUUUGGAGGGGAGAUGAGUUGAAUUUACUCUCACAGUGCGUGGAAUUUUUGCUCCUUGAAAUCACAUCUGAGCUACUACCUGUCUCCCCUCUGCGACACAUGCAUGGGAAUUUUUACGACGCGGCAGUUUCGUUGCUUUACUCCAUACUAUCACUAUUUCCUCAAGAAAAAAGCCUGGCCGACUCCAUUGCUAACCGUAACCUAUCCGAUCUGUUUGUCCAACUUCUUUUUCAUCACCUAAAGCCCAAUGAUCUCUUCAUCGAGCGACGGGAUGUCGCCGUUUUGCGCAUGAUUUUCAGUCUACUAAAGGUUUAUUUUAACGCUGUGAUGAGUCUGUCGAGCGUGACCGCUAAGCUUCUGACCGAAAAUAUUGCCGCUGCUUUUAGCAAAGGGUUCACAGCCGCCGUAAAUUCAGCUCUGUUGCACCUCACGGCUUAUGUGAAUCUCUGUCAGAGAGCAGAGGAGAGAAUGAUCUCCCCUAAUCGCCUUCUCCUCUUUCUUACAGACCUCGACAGGGGGGUGCUGUCCGGUAGCCCCGAGGCGAUGCAGUUCUUCGCUUGUCUUAUGGUCCGACUGGAGGAGACAGCCGAAACGAUUGGGUUUCGUAUCCCAAUUAUGCUAGAGGAGACGACACAGGAGAAGGCAAAAAUUUUGGUUGAGCGGCUUUUCGAGGGCGCGGCAGGGCUUAUCCGAGUGUACCAGAAUGGAUGCCUCUCUCUUUGUGGUCACUCGACCUUUAGACUCAUCGAACUUUUGCUGACAAUUGUCUUGGAAAUCAUGCGAGUUUGUGAGCAGUUUUCUCCCGUUGCGACCAUCCUUUUACCGAGCAUGGAGGGCUGCAAUGAUGGGAACGAGGUGCCCGUCAGCUAUGUGCUCUUGAGCUGUAUCGCGGCACCAACGUUUCCGCCUUGCCUGUCCGCGGCGCAGCUUUUAGGGGCCGCGCUGCAGCGAGGCCACGCCCUGUUCCCUGUGCUGAGCUCGAACCUGCUGUCGCACUCUUGGCGAGCCCUCUCGGCCCUUCUUCAUCAAACCCUCAGAACCCAAGCCGGGACCCCGGGGAAUGUGAUCCGACUGGAGGUCCUCACCGUGCUGGGGGCGCGCGACCUGGCCACUUUGGAAUACUUGACGGGCCCGGAUAGCAUCCCUGGUAACCGGCAAGCCGUGGAGCUCGAGGACUUGGCCAUCUCGAAGGUUCUGUGCGAUGUCGUCCUCCAAGAAGGGGCGUCACUUGCCGAAAAAUCAUCGGCACUUGAGCUGCUGGUCAUUUUAGGCCUCACAGAAUCCUUACCUCUGGAUUGUGUAACUUCCUUUCUUUCCGAAGACAUUCCCCACAUUAAAGACACCGGUAGCGUCAUUGAGCAGGUUGCCAUCACCGCCACAGCCACCCGCUUCAUCAACACUGUUAUAUCUAUACAGAUGUGCAAGUGUUCAAAGAGCCACCAAGCAGGACGCGGGAUUGGGUCCUCUCGUCUCAUCCUGGCUCCUCCAGCCGAUAGCCCUGGUAACUCUAGCUCUCCCAAUAUCAAUGGCAAAUACGUUAACACAAUACCUUUAAGGAGUGGCCAAGCUGUGCACGCCGAUACUAUCGACUUUGUAUUGCGGCGCGGUUCUGCGCUACUCGAGCGGGUGGCUCGCUGUUAUGAUGAGCUCUGUCGGCAAGUCCAUCACGCCACGGGGGUUCCCCUAAAGGAAUGGCAGGCGGCGUUGUCCACGUCGAUGUCAAGUGCAAUACUCCCUUCAACGACGUUGUCUUUGACCACAGCAAACGGUCUCAGGGCGAUGGACCUCCAGCUGGCAAUCUCGCAGCUCCGGCUUCACCGAAAACAGUUGUGGAACCACCACCCAACUUAUUCCUGGGUUGAAGCUUCCCGCUCUGGUGCUGCCUCUUCGACGAUGGGCUGCUCUUCAUCACGACAAAAGCUCUUCCACACGGAAGUGUUACCAAACUCUAUCGAAGUGGAGGAGGCCGCCUAUCGGGUGGUGUGUCCACUUGUGCUCGGCGAGGCGUACUGCUUUAUUGGCUCUGGCGACGAUACCACGUUCAAUCUUAUGGCUUCAAUAUUGGAAGCCGUGAGACGCAUGGCGGUGGCCUUGGAAAGUACCCUUUGGUUAAGUGUAAAUGAAACGGAGUCGAGCCGCAUCCUUUUGGAGCGUUACUUUCAAAUGCUACGGGGUGCUAUUGAAUGGGUUACUCAGUGUAAGCCCACUGCUCCCCUGUUGGCGCGGCCGCUGUGGGAGUGCACGUCGCAGUGUCUGCAGCUGACCAAUGCCACAUCGCGUGUCUUGGAAUCCUUUUCGUUAAGCAGCGGUCAGAGGUUGGAAGUGGAUGCACCAACUCGGCGCGUGGUGUAUCACCUCCUGGAGUUCAUGAGAGAGAAUACAACACGCCUCGCUCUCCUCAAUCCUUGUCUGAACGUCAUCGCAACUCUAGGGAGGGAAGACAAUAUCGGGGUAGACUUUGAAGAAAUAAUAUUUUCCAUCCUAGCUGAUGUACUGUUUGCAGAGGAAAGACAAAAGGAAGUGAAAAUUGGUCCAGAGCACUUGGUUUUCUUGGAUGGUUUUAUUAAAAUAUUUGAUUGCCUUCCACCAAAUUCGUGCCCUCUUCUCGUAUUGGCGCCAUUAAUACGCUGUCUCUUCCGCAGGGCAACUGCGAUUUCUUUUUCGAUUGCGGCAAAUUCUCCCGGAGACAUUCACACAUCGUACUUUGUCCUGGCGUUGCGCUGCAUGCAGGGAGCGCUGCUCAAAGCACGAGCUAUGGGGGCACUUUCCCUGCUUCCGCUCGAAGAAAUAAUGGCAAUGAUGGACACCUUAAACGUAUUCCCCACCACUUUUAUCACAGAUUCUGCUCUCUCGUACUGCCGUCAGAGCUGGCACGUAGUGUGGUGUAGCCUGCUGGAGCUUCUUACGAGCACCAUCUCUACGCUUUCUGGAAUACAGGAAUCUGGUGAUGAUACACCACCAAUUCAUUCCGUGGCGCAGCGCCCGUUGCUAGAAGCCAUCGAGGCGAGGUUGCUAUAUUUUCCCCGUUUCUUAGUCGCUCUAGGUGGGUUUACCGAGGUAGUGGGGCCAGACCAUGCACCUGCGCCAUCGUUUGUCUGGGAUGUAGAGGAAUUAGAGUUGUGUGUGAGGCUGGUAGCGCAGUUGUCGGUCUUGAUCCGCCCAAUGUCGUCGCUGAUUCCCGUGAUUCAGCGAUGCUUUAUGCGGAUCCAUCGUUAUCGGCUUCACGGUUUUGACACCACCAGUAGCAGCGACCCGGUUAUUGUUCAGUCGGAAAAAAACAUGAUCCGAAAUCUCUUGGUGCGUGCCGUGCAAAGCCAAUUGACGUUUUUCAUCAUACAACCUUUCCACGGUGUCCCUUCAAUUAUCAAUGAAAAGGGAGAAGUGUGUGCGGUCGUGGCUGCCCUUCCAUCUCAAAGCGGCAGAAAUUCAAGCACGUUUACCGUAGCGUCGGGGAAUGUGAUGGACGGCAGUGCACACACGGAAAAGCCCUCCCUUACCUUGGACGUUUUGUGGCGCUUUAUCUCCCAUGAGUUUCACAUCAUCCGUCGCGCGAAGUCCGCUCUGAAAGGUCGUGCGCUCGAUACGACGCCCUCGGUUGAGUCAAGCGUGACGCGGUCGCCCAGCCGUGGGCAUGACGUGGAGAGCUGUGGGGAAGAGGACUUUGCCGCGUCCGACAUCUUCGCAGGGAUGCAGACGGAGCAGCGGAGUGUCCAUUUGGAUAACAUCCAGCUGGCGCUUGCCCUUUACACUUUGGCGGUGGAGGAGCUGGGUGAAGGGGAGGCGCGCGUGGGGCUUACCGGUGCCGCCGCGACGCCCCACAAGAGGGAGCUGCGGGUGUGCACCGAGAAGUUGCUUCAUGUGCUGGGGAACAUCGUGCAUGAGAUGAAGCGAAUGGGCUCGCCGCAUUUGUUGAAUAUGUUGGAUUGCAUUUGUGACCGCCUAAACACAACUAUUGCGAGACUAUGA